UUGCGAUCCAAAUUCCAAAAUGAGUGGUCGAUGAAAAUGUAAACAACGAAAAGCAAAAAGGCUGAGUCGGACUAACACUGAUUGAGACUUGAUGAUGGCACUGGUGUUUGGCAUUGGUGUUGGUCUUUUUGUAUUAAGCAUCAUAUGGGGACUCUCAUUGUUAUUAUGCAUCAUUCUAUCCAGAGCAAAAGGCGCUGCAAAGUCUGGGGGUAUAGCGAUGAUUGUUGUGGCUUCUUUGAUCACAGUCAUUCUUAUCAUCUAUCCCAAAGAAGGACUUCAACCAGAACCAGUUGACAACAGGAUCACAGACGGCAUGUUCUGGACAAGGGUAGUUAUCCUGAGCAUGCUUAGUGUGUUUGCACUACUCAGUCUCGUCUUUAUGUUUAUAUUUCAUUGGACUGAACCAAUUUAUGCAAAGCACAUCAAAACAAAGCGAUUCUGAACUGAACAGAACAUUUAUUGGACCAUCUCACUGCAAACAAGUGUUGUCCACAAUCGUAUCACCUGGAACAAUGACAUCACUGUGUGAAGGAGUCACUGUUUGACUGGAAUCCAUUCCAAGCAGUGAUGUCAACAGUCGUGUCACCUGGAGCAAUGACAUCACUGUGUGAAAGUGUCACCGAAGAGCCCACCCCAAGCAGUGAUGUCAACAAUCGUGCCACCUGGAACAAUAACAUCACUGUGUGAAGGAGUCACUGAAGAACCCACCCCAAGCAGUGAUGUCAUCAAUCGUGUCACCUGGAACAAUGACAUCACUGUGUGAAGGAGUCACUGAAGAGCCCACCCCAUGCAGUGAUGUCAACAAUCGUGUCACCUGGAACAAUGACAUCACUGUGUGAAGGAGUCACUGAAGAGCCCACCCCAUGCAGUGAUGUCAACAAUCGUGUCACCUGGAACAAUGACAUCACUGUGUGAAGGAGUCACUGAAGAGCCCACCCCAUGCAGUGAUGUCAACAAUCGUGUCACCUGGAACAAUGACAUCACUGUGUGAAGGAGUCACUGAAGAGCCCACCCCAUGCAGUGAUGUCAACAAUAGUGUCACCUGGAACAAUGACAUCACUGUGUGAAGGAGUCACUGAAGAGCCCACCCCAAGCAGUGAUGUCAUCAAUCGUGUCACCUGGAACAAUGACAUCACUGUGUGAAGGAGUCACUGAAGAGCCCACCCCAGACAGUGAUGUCAACAAUCGUGUCACCU